AUGACAGGCUUUCAGAGCGAGCGUGUUCAACGCAGGGUUCCUUCCGAUGUGAAAGGGAACUCCCUUCUUCUAUGCUUCUCCCGUGAGAAGUCACGCUUGGUCACAAUGAAUCUAGCAAUUGAAGAGGCUCAAGCUGCCAUGCCAGUGGUGUAUGCAUGGAAAGACUCUUUCCUCAACAGAUAA